UAUUAUACGCCAAAAUAAAUUGCAUUCUAGUAUAAAUAACACUGCAAUUCUUUAACUUGACAUCACAGUUUACUUAGACUUCUGAAGUAAAGUCAGAUCUGAAGAAAACUUCUAAUUUUUCAAAUAAUCUAAAAAUAAAAAAACAAAAAAUGAAAUUCUUCUGUGCAAUUGUUGUAUUAGCUUUGGCUGUUGGUACUCAAGCAUCAGUUAUUCCAUGGGGUGCAUGGGAUGAUGGUCAAUGGCAUGGUGAUAUUUGGGGAGAUCAUGGACAUUGGGAUGGUGCAUGGGCUCAUCCAGCUGUACUUACACCAGGAAUUGCUUUAGCACAAGGUGGUCAUGGUGCUGCUGUAGUACAUGCACCAGCUAUUGCUGUACAUGCACCAGCAGUUGCUGUACAUGGUGCUAGUAGUUAUGUAGCUAAAACUCGUGGUGCUGUACAUACUGCUCCUUUAGCCGGUCAUAUUGCAUCAGUAUCAUCUGUUAAUGUUGCUCCAGCUCCAGGAACUCAUUAAAUUUACAAUUGAGUUUAAUAUUUUCAGUUUGAUAUAGCUAAUACAUUUAAUACCACACAAAGUAAAAAUUAACAAAAAAAAAAAA